CCUAACCGCCGCCAUAGAACGCACUACUACAAACUUAUGCCACGAACUUCGAAAUUAAAAAAAAUAUAAUCUUCUAAAUUCAAACAGUUAAAAAAACGUUAUUAAUAGUUCUAUUUUAAAAAUUAACAAUUUUAAUAUUCUGUAUAAGUUUGUUGGCUGCAAGGGGUGACGGUUGAGUCAGCAGAGGACCAAGCACAGACUUCAUUUACUAAAAGUGCGAAAUAAAACGAUAGCAAAAAUGAGUUCUCGAUUUGUUAUCAAGGUUUACUGAACAUGGAAGCGGCACUACCACAUUUACAUCGAUUUUCUUCGACAUUCUACCAAUAUGCAGCACCACCUGUGCAAGUUUCUAGUAAUUACCUCCAUGAUCUUAUUCCCCAUCAGCAUCCUACCCUUCUACAACAAUACUUAGCCUAUUAUAAUGAACCCUUGGUCCCGCUCGAUUUAUCUCUUAAAACGACCACACCGAUCACUCCACCUUGUACCCCUCCUCCGUCAAACAAAAGAAAACCUACUGGGAACAAUGGUCCUGAGAAAUCACCAAAAAUAUUCCGACACUUCGAGGAAACGGAAACAAAGAACGAUCACUCAGAAAAAUCUGAAAAAAGAAAAGUCGAUGACGAUAACUCAAAUGACAGCGAUAGCCCGGAAGCGAAAAAAUUAAAAUUCACUAAACAAUUUUUCGAAGAGCUACGAACAUGCUUGCCACCUGAGACGGAAAUAUCAAAAAGCGAAAAAAGCUGUUCAGAUGUAAUUGAAAUUAAAGAUGUUGAAGAACGUCCUAAAAAAUCACCAAAACCAGCCGCUCCGUUGAAGAAAAGUAAAGCCGUUAGGCGACUUAUGUUCGACGAGGACAAAACCUCACCGGUCUCAGGAACCAUUAUUCGUGACUUGGCCGAAGACGAAACACUAGUAGUUCGGAAGGGCGAUAUAGACCCGGCGUUCAACGUGGUGGAAAUUACAGAGGAGGCAAAAGCUUUGAUCGCAUCAAUAGAGAACCGACUUGGGAGAUACAUCUGCAGGCUGUGCCGAAGACUGUAUGGGGACGCGUUUGCGCUCGCGCAGCAUCGGUGCUCUAGGAUCGUACACAUUGAGUACCGCUGUCCUGAAUGUGACAAGGUCUUCAACUGCCCUGCGAACCUAGCAUCACAUCGUCGCUGGCACAAACCGCGCGUGGCCGGGCCGACAAAGCGUCGCGAGGCUCCCACCACGGAGUCGGGUAGAUUCCCUUGCCAACAAUGUGGAAAGAUGUUCAGGAGACAAGCUUAUUUAAAGAAGCAUCUCCUAGCCCAUGAACAGCCAGAGCCUGAAGAGAAAGAGCCGUCGGCAUUUAGGCAGGUCCAUUCUGAAUACUCUGCUUAUCAACCGGAAACCUUCCGAGACAACAACUUCAACACUUUCUGGAACAAGAUUCCCCCACCACCUCAGGAUGUACAUUGGGACGGAAUGCGUCCGCGCUGCGCUUCAUCAUGCUCUUCAGAAGAUUCUAGAAGUUUAGACGUAACGGGAUCGGAGGACGAAGGCGGAGGUGCGGGAGAGGGGUGACGGCUCGUGCUGCGGCCCGUGCCGCGGUUCCCUCCGUACACACCCGUUCCUAAUCCACUUUACUCCUAUCCGUACUCUGCGGACGCACAGCUCUAUUUCUCUUAAACAUUAACAACGUAAGUUGCACGAAUGGAUUUAGAAUCUUAAAUAAACUUGCACAUAAACUUUAAAAAUGGUAAGUAGUGAAGUACAUAGUAAUCAUCCAAUUCUUCUUGUUCUUAUCGUAUCGUGGUAAAAGGAUUUGUGAAUCGGCGUAAAGCACUCGCCGAUUGUUUCCUAGGGUGCAUGCACCCAGACGGGCUCCUUUCGUGCACCCCAAUAUCACUUACAUA